UUGCCACAAAAGGGAUAAAUACUGCCAACUUGAGACGUAAUUUUCAAAGUGAAAGAUGAUCCAGUUUACAAUAUUGAUCUUUAGAUGAAGGAUUUAUGUACCUGAUUGUCUCUGAUUUGAGCCCGCCCAGUGCCGAGGGCCACCCUCAGUGAGAGAUCCCUGUGACAACACCCCAGACUUACUAUCUCACCAGCUGACCAGUGUCCAUCACUGCCUGUCAGCAGUUGGAGUCCUACCUGAAAAUCAGUGAUAUGCUUUCCUCAAGGCAGAUACUGUAGGACUUUUUACUUAAAGAAGUAAGGAACUUAUUAAGGGCACUAAUCAGAUGAGAUGACAGGAAGCAGUAUCUUGUGUUCUAAUCCAAUGAAGACCUGGAUUCCAACACGUUUUCUAAUAUUUCUUUAUGUGUUUAUUGUAUGGACCAGUACAGUUCAGGGCAACAAUCCGCCUCGACUGGUCAGUUUUGAUGGUUUUGCACAAGCCAAAGAAAAUGCGGCUAGAGGCACACUUAUCAAAACAAUAACGGCCACAGACGCAGAUGGCCCCAAUGAGAUCACCUUUGAAGUGGACCACAACAGCCCUGAGACUCAGAACCUUGUGUAUCUGGGGAAUCCCAAUGGGACCAGCACUUCAGGGCGUUUUGUGGAUGUGUUCCUCAACGUGAACAACCUGGACAGGGACUCUGACCCUCCAGAGAGAAACUUGCGUUUUGCGAUCCGUGAUGGGGUUAACAAUCCGGUGUAUGCUUCUAUGACUCUUUUCAUUCAAGAUGUUAACGAUGAGGUGCCCCAGUUUAGGGGAACCCCUUACAGAGCCAGCAUCAGUGAGGAUGCCCCGAACGGCACUUUGGUCUUUAAUGGGACACAGACUGUGGAUCCAGAUACAGGAAUAGGAGGAAGUGUUUCUUAUUCUCUUGAGCUGACUGACGAGGCUUACAGAUCAACCUUCAGAACUACACCUUAUCAAGGUCAUAUCUACCUGAAUGGCACUUUGGAUUACGAGAAACACAACUUUUACCAGCUACAACUGACUGCCACGGAUGGCGGAGGUCUUAACACUACCACUGAUGUCAUCAUCACCAUCGAAGAUGUCCAGGAUACCAAGCCUUCUUUCGUAAACACACCUUAUACGACAGUCAUCCUAGAGAACGCUACAAUAGGCACAUCUGUGAUUUCUGUGUCUGCCUUAGAUGGAGAUCGUGGCAACCCUAACCCAGUAACAUACCGUUUUGUGAAUUAUUCCAGAAGUGACUUCAAUAUUGAUGCGAACACUGGAGAGAUCAAAGUUAAUAGCAAGCUUAACAGCAGUCUACCAGAGCUACGCAAUCAGGGAAGUGUGUUUGAUUUGAUUGUAGAGGCCAAAGAGACAGUUGCACCAGGUCAAAUGCAGAAAGGGGAGACAUCUGCUACGAUGUUGGUGUUAAUCACUGUACAGGAUGUUAAUGACCACGCUCCAGAGUUUGGAAGGCGGCAUUACAAUGCCACUGUUCCUGAAAAUGCACAGAGAGGGAUUCCCAUUCAGUUAGAUGGAUUAGACUUUAUUAAAGUCAAAGACCUGGAUCAGAAUGACUACAGUCGGUUUAAAGUGUCUGUGGAGCACAUGGAUGGACAGCCAUUUGAUGCGUUCAUUGUGAGGCCGUCUCUGGUGUUUUCGGACGCCAACCUAAUCAUGCUGGUAGAAAACAAUACUGAACUGGACUAUGAAAGAUUGAAAAACAGUCAGAGGGGAAAUGUACUGGAAUUCAAGGUGAAAGCCACAGAGACGUCAACACCGGAAAAAAGAUCAGGGGAGGCUAACUUUACGGUGUAUGUUACUGAUGAGAACGAUAAUUUCCCCCAGUUUGAUAAAGCAUCCUAUGUGGCAUCUGUCAAGGAACAUUCUGCAGCAGACACUACUGUCGUCGUGAUCAAUGCAACAGAUGAAGAUUCUGGUUUAUAUGGAGAAGUGACUUUCUCUUUACAAAGAGGUGGAGAUGGCAAAUUUCGUAUGAAACCAGAUGGUACAGUGGUGGUUGAGAACGGAACGAAUUUGGACAGAGAGAAGCUAUCUUCUUAUUACCUGACUGUGGAAGCCAAAGACAGGGGUGGAAACCGUAACACAAGUCAGCUGAUCAUUAACCUGGAAGAUAUAAAUGACCAAGCUCCUGUCUUCUUGCGAAAUCAGUACUCAAGCUUUGUUACGGAGAAUGAGGCAUUCCCCACCUUGUCUGUCUCGGCUUCUGAUGGGGACAUGCCAAGCACUCUGAACAGCGAGGUGCUGUAUAAUUUGUCAUAUGUGCCAGACGCAGUCAAAAAGAAUAUCACCAUUACCACUGAGGAUGGUCAAGGCAAUAUUAAGAUUUCCCCAAACUUAGACUUUGAGGAGUUGCCCCAGGAGUUGCGUCAAACUAUCAUGUUAGAAGUUACCGCAACAGACAAAGGUUUACCACCGCUAAGCACCACAGUGAAUGUAACCAUAACAGUUGAGGAUAAGAAUGACAAUCCUCCUGUAUUACAACAGUCAAACUAUCAAGCUAGUAUAUUUGAGGAUGCACCUGGUGGUAAACCAGUAGUGAACAUAUCAGCAACUGAUGCAGAUGGGAUGUCUCCCAACAAUGAGAUACAGUACAGCAUAGCAUCAGGUGGACAGGACAAGUUCCUUGUGAACCCUGGCACAGGAGAACUGGAGGUGGCUUACGGGGCUUCUUUUGAUCGUGAUAUACAGAGCUUCUAUAACCUGACGGUAGUGGCACGAGACAAAGGUUUCCCUCAGUUAUCUAGCAAUACCAGUGUUACGAUCAGCAUUCUGGAUGUCAACAACAAGCCACCCGAGUUCAAAGAUUCUGGAAUUGCCUUUUCGGUGCAGGAGAAUGCAACAGAUGGAACAGUCGUUGGAAGUUACACAGCCAUGGAUAAGGACACGACUGCUAAUCUUACCUAUGACAUAAUGGUUAACAAAACCACAGGGAUUGAUGAAAGUGGGUCAGAAGUUAAAGAUGCAGAGCUUGUAAAGGACUACUUCAGUGUAAAACCUGACACCGGAGAAAUUAUAGUGGUUAGCAGUCCUCUAGAUCGAGAAACUGCUGAAGUUGUGAAGUUAACCGUUCGUGUCCGUGACAAGAACGCUCUACCAGCUUUUGGAGAACAGACAGCAACAGGCACGGUCACAGUCACACUUUUGGAUUAUAAUGACAAUGCGCCAGAGUUCUCCAAGCCUCAAGGAUACAGUAGAAAUGUUUCAGAGAGAGAAGUUCCAGGCUACGAAAUCUUGACCGUAUCCGCCAUAGAUAAAGACAAAGAUCAACGUAUAGAGUUUGAGCUGUCUCCUCAAAGCCCUAAGUUUUCCAUUGACAGGUCAACAGGAAAGGUAACUUUGUCAGAGAAGCUUGACCGUGAGAAAGAAGGAAACCACACCGUCACUGUGAUAGCAUAUGACAGCGGCACUCCUAGACUGUCAUCCAACACCACUGUUACCAUCAAUGUGCUGGAUGAAAAUGACAACAAUCCCCAGUUUGUGUCACACCCCCAGGAGAUACUAAUCUCUGAAGACUCUCAUGUAGAUGAUAGCAUUUUCACAUUUCGGGCAACAGAUCUGGACAGCGGGAAAUAUGCGGAGAUCAAUUACCACAUCGAAGCAGGAAAUGCCGAUCAAAAGUUUAGACUUAACUCAACAACUGGUGAAUUGUUUGUAAACAGCCAGUUAGACCGGGAGAUUAAAGCUGAGUACCAAUUGCGAAUUGAGGCCAGAGACAACUAUCAGGAUCCAGAGCCCAUCAAUAGAAGGAGCAAUGUGACCACCUUUACUGUCAAGUUGUCAGACGUCAACGACAACUCACCUGUCUUCAAUAGCACAACAUUCUAUGUGACGGAGGAGGUGCGUGAGGAUAGAAGCAUUGGAUCUUUUGUGUACACAAUAACUGCCACAGACAAGGACGCGGGCAGUAAUGGCAGCGUGAGCUAUGAGCUAAGCAGUAGUACUAAUGCUACUAAUGCUACUGAUGCUACGGGAGUACAGUUGUUCCGUAUCGAGCCUUCAUCAGGGAAGAUCACUGUGGCUCAUUCCUUGACGGACACUGUGGGCUGGAGGUUCCUCACUGUUAUAGCCAAGGACGGAGGCUCACCCCAGAACUCUGCCAGUGCCACUGUUUUGGUGGAGAUAUUGGAUGUGAAUGUUCAUGCACCAAAUAUCAAAGAACCAAAUGGCCCAAUAUAUAUUAAAGAGGGCACAGGAGUUGGAGCCAGUGUUUACAAUUUCACUGCAACAGACAAGGAUGAGGGAAAGAAUGGUGAGAUUGACUUUGAGCUAAUCACGAGUGUAGGAAGACCGCAGAUCAACAAAAAUUUUACGCUGGACCGUAAAACUGGGGCUCUGACCACGAAAAUAAAUUUAGAUUAUGAGACAAGAAAGGAGUACACUCUCUAUGUACAAGCCAAGGAUAAUGCUCCUGAGGAUCAAAAGAGUAGCAGAAUUGUGGUACAUAUAUAUGUGAUUGACGAGGAUGAUAACCCACCCAAGUUUGACCCAACUGAACACCCACGGAAUGUCCCAAAGGAGUUUGUUAUUGAAGAGAAUAAAGAUGGCCUAGUUGGCAAAGUAACAGCAUUUGAUGCUGAUUCUACCAACACUUCCAACAUUUGUUACUGUUUUGUAGGUGAUCAUGAUGGAAACUUUGACCUGGACAGGACUACAGGGGAGAUAAGGCUGUUACAGAAGAUUGACAGAGAAACAACACCGGGUCCUUUUAGCCUUGUUGUUAAAGCACUCCAAAACUGCAACAACUGUAAUGAUGUGCGCAGACGCAAGCGGGCCAUUACCCCACCACCUUGGUAUAAUGCUUCAGAUGAAACCAUGCUGUGGAUUACAGUGAAUAUUAAGGACGUCAACGACAACAAACCAGUGUUUAAAAACAAAGAAAUCAGUGUGGGAAUAACACGUGACACUCAGUAUGGGGAGGACAUCAUAUCGCUCUCUGAGUAUGUAACAGAUGAGGACGAGGCUGAAAACAACAAGCGACAUAAUUUCGUCAUUGUUGGUGAAAUCAAGGCUACUCUAGAUAAUUUGGGCGAGGAGCGUGCAGAAGACAUGUUUAAGUUGUCCCCCUCUGGGGUUGUCAAGACCAAUACAUAUUUCAAGGCUAAUUGGUUCGGAUUUUUCUCCUUCAAUGUUCUAGUAGCGGAUUCUGCAGGAAAUUCAUCAGCUGAUGUCAAGAUUUACCUGAUCAACAAAGAUCAACAGGUGAAAAUCGUUAUCUUGGGUUCUCCCGACUCAGUGAACAAGUCCAAGACCAUGAUUGUGCAACAACUUGAAAAUGUAACAGAAGGGUACUAUCACAUUAUUGUGGAUAAAGUCCGCACACAUGAAGACAUUCAGGGCAAGCCAGACCCUUUCAAAACCGACUUGUUUAUCCAUGGAGUGGAAAAAAAAUCCCAAAGGGUUCUAGAUGGAGAUGAAUUAUUAGGACUGAUAGACAGCAAAAUCCGACUUCUCAUAGACACCUACAAGAAGUAUUCAGUGGUGGAAGUGGUGCCUGCUGUGAGUCCUACUCAGGGUCAAUCUGAGGAGGUCACACUUAAGAUGGUGCUAAUCCUAGUGGCCGUCCUACUCUCCAUGCUUGUCAUCGUCUUAGGGCUCAGUUUCUUCUUCUGUCGCAAAAAGUAUAAGAGGAAACUUAGAGCUGCCACAGCUAUGGCAUUUGUAAAUACUGGAAUAGGUGCAAAAGAACCAGAAAUGAACAAGAUGGAUAUGCCAGGAACUAAUCUCCAUGCAUUUGAAGGAUCAAAUCCAAUCUGGAUGGAGAAGUAUGACAAUUUAGGCCUGGAUGACAACAACAGCCAAAACUCGCUUGAUGCCAAUGAGAUAGAAGCCUCCUCUCAGAACCAGUUUGAUGAGCAGGAGGUGUCACUGGACCUAUAUAACGAUGACUACGAAAACUUCGCUGCCAUCAAGGAGCACGAAGCCUCCAAAAACAACAGAAACAAAGACAUUGUCAACAACAACGCGGACAAAUACGCUGUGAAUGGGUCUGUGAAGUAUACCAAUGGUUCGGUGGACAGCUUGUCGUCGUUCAACACCAAAAAUGUUAACGGUCUUCAGACAACAGAAAUAUAA